AUGCGUCAAGUGCUUCUGCAAAGCGCAGACAUGCUGCACUACACCAAGAGUUUACUGAGCUAUCUGACGAGCCAGGUAUCAAGGAAAGGAUGGUCUAAAUAUCGCGAUACCCUAAAAUGUUCACGAAGGUUGGCAGAGAUGGAUGCAACUCACGAGCAGUAUCUCGACUACUUGCUGAACCGGUUCUUUCUUCUCGAUAAGCACGCGACUGUGAUCCAGUACAUCUUGACGACUUUCAACCAUAUUUUGCGCUUCGUCCGACAAGUCGACGCGUUCGUGAGUGCCGUGCCGAGUGUUCGCUUGCCGGAGCACCCUGAUUUCCGCGUUCUUCAGUCCGAAAUGGCUAGAAACGCGAAGGAGUUCAAGCGGCAGUCACAUUUCCUGGUCGUGAUGCUGACAGCCAUGCAGAAACAUGGCGCGUCUCCUCAUGUGAACGAGAUCGUGACUCAGCUCAACUACAACUACUUCUACCACCAGCAAGAGACACGAUCUCGACCACAACCACAAGAUGAACAGCCACGUCCAGUUCAGCAAGUGAGCCAAGCCAAAGCUCCUGCGCUUAAUCGAUCCGGGUCGUUGCGACCUCCUCCAGCCCCGAAGAAGUUCUCGCGGACUCGAUCUGUACAGAUGUCAUAG